CCGUAUCUCUUUGCUAACCCACACAAGUGGGGAGAUGUAGCACGCAUAAAAAGCUUUCGUUACACCUCCUGUAGGGUUCUCGGAAAAGCAGUUUCGGAAUCCGGGAAAGAGUAAAACUAGAACGCAGUAGGAGUGAGUGCGCUUUGCCAUAUAAAUCCAUGAUGCCCGUAGUCUACACUUUCUCCUAACCUCAUCGCGGAAGAAUCUCAUUAGGGAAAGCCUGGGGCUGUGCAAAGCAAGGAAGGAAGGAGAUUCUAAGAGUGGUCGUUAAUAUAUCCUAGGGCUGAAUGGGUGGCAAUGUGGAGAGUUAUUGGACAGCAAAACUCAUUUCACGUCCGACGGCUGUAUCAAGGCAGCUGGUCAUGCCCAAAUGUGGACCUCCUCCCCCCUACCUCUUAGAUAUCGUGGAAGGAAUAAUACAAAGUAAACGGAAGUAUCUCUUUUCCAUUGAUUCCCUCUUGAAACCAUGA